AUGUUUGCGACCGCAAAAGAAAUCUCUACCAGUUUCGGUGCCAAAGAAUGCACGGAGCUUGCGAAAAAGUGGUUGACAGACUGCGUCAAUCUUCACAAGGACUGCAACCGAACCUCUCCUUCAAGACGCCCCCAGCGCCUCAUCAACAUUGGAUCCGAUAACACUAAGAUGAGGCUUUCGGAGGACAAAGCCGUUUGUGCCCCAUAUGCAGCUCUCAGUCACUGUUGGGGCAAGUCCCAUCCCAUCACUACCAAAUUGUCAACGAUAAAUUGUAGAAGACAGAAUCUGGAUUGGAGUUUGUUGCCGGCAACCUUCAGAGACGCUAUCACCGUGACACGGGGUUUAGGACUAAGCUAUCUCUGGAUCGAUUCACUCUGUGUCAUUCAAGAUGACGAUCGUGACUGGGAGGUGGAAUCUGCCAAAAUGGGCUCUAUCUACGAAGGAGCUUAUGUCGUUAUCGCAGCAAGCAUGUCAUCGGAUCCAGAUUGUUCUUUCCUCUCUCCUCGGAAAAAUAUGUUUACAGACUUCCUCGAGGUAACAUAUCGACAAAAGGAUGGAAGUCACCGUCUUGUUAAGGCAAGGCCUGUCAUGGUAUUGAAUAAGUCCAUCGAUCCGCUUGGCAGACGAGCAUGGACGUUCCAAGAGCAGCGACACGCCGUGCGGCUCCUUCGUUACUCUACGACGGAAUUGCAAUGGAAUUGCCGCACUAAGUUAGGAUGCGAAUGCGAAUCCACCCACGUUAAGGCUUCGAUUUCAGACAUUAUUUACGGACGAUAUUGCAUUAGAGACGUCAAUAGCUCGUCAGAGCAGGUAUUCAGCGAGUGGCAGACAAUGCUCCCAUCUUACACAAGAAGGAGUCUUACAAAAACAUCGGAUAUACUUCCAGCAAUAUCUGGUAUUGCCGAACACAUCUACGAGAAAACCUCCUCUUCCUACUUAGCAGGGCUGUGGAAGGAUAAUGUCCUAAGUGAUCUUCUUUGGCAAGUUUCACUCUAUCUACGUGACGACAUUUCGGACUAUAAUGGCAACAUUUGGGGCUUCUCGCUACUCCGGACAAUGUCGACUUACCGGGCGCCAACGUUUUCCUGGGCUUCGAUAGAUUCAGAAGUCGAGAACAUUUGCGACGACUUCGAUACAGACGCGCAGAUGGACGCAGUCAUUUUAGAUGCACAAUGCGCACUGAAAGGUGCCAAUCCUUUUGGCUAUAUUACCGCCCGCUAUGAAGAUGAUGUGGUAGGCAAGCGAGAGACGCUAGAAUACAUGGGACGUUUUGAACCAAACCACCAUGGAAUGACUACAGAUAUGAUCGCCGACUUUCCUUUAGUCGAAUGCCUAGCUUGGACUGAAGCAGGAGUACGUGUGCGGACCAUGAGACGGGCUUCAGUCGGCGAUGAUCUUAAAUCGAUCACCGGCUCUGUUUUCUGCGUCGCUCUUUUCCGCGGUCUCAAAGGCCGUCAGUUCGGGCUAGUAUUGGGACACUCCCCUAGAGUCCCAGGAGCUUAUGAACGACUUGGAGUUAUGGCUUUUGAUCGUGUCUACUCAUACGGAGAUGGAAAGCGGGUUGAAUUCGCCGCUGAGGUUUGGUUUGCGGGUGCGGAACGAUAUGCCGUCACAAUUGUGUAA